AUGGUUACUAAGGGAAGAUUACCUAGAUUACCUACUGAGUUCUUAAUUGAGAAAGCUCUCAUCUUGACACAAGAAAGAAAGGAAGAAGACUUUGAAGCUGUUUUUGCCUUGUUGAUGUAUGAGUUGUUCUUGUUCCCUAAAAUUAACAACUUUAUUGAUAUGAAUGCCAUCAAGAUCUUUAUGAAGAAUAAUCCUGUUCCUACCUUGCUUGGGGACACUUACUAUUCUAUUCAUCUCAGAAAUUCCGAUGGAAAGGGAAUGAUUACCUGUUGUACUCCUUUUCUAUAUAAGUGGUACAUAUCUCAUAUGUCUGACACCUUUGAGUUCUGGAGCAAAAAAGAAGGUUUGAAAUGGUCACACAAGAUCACGACUCUUACCAAAACUGAAAUUAUUUGGACAAACAAUCACUUUUGUAGGAUGAAGACUUUGGUCUGCUGUGGUUAUUUCCCUAAUGUACCCCUCAUUGGUACAAAAGGAGCAAUCAGCUAUAGCCCCGUGUUAGCUCUUCGUCAAUUUGGGUUUCCUAUGGACAAAAGACCAAGGACCAAUUUUUUGGAUGGGUUCUUUCUGGAAGAAAGAGUUGAAAACAAAGAGUUUAGAGAAAGGAUUGCUAAUGCUUGGCAUCCAAGUCAUAGAAAAGAAAUUAAAGAUUGGAAGACCAAAGGGGAUCUCUCUCCUGAGCCCUUUGAUGGUUGGGUCACUGCAAGAGCUGCUGAGUUGAGAAUGCCUAUUCUCCCUGGAACAUCUGUCCCUUCUGCAGAGAAACCUCCCCAACCCCCUGUUGCUCCUCCAACAAUUGAAAGCCUCCAAGAAGCUCUAAGGAAGAUGAAGAAAUCAAGAGACCAUUGUAAGAGAAAGUUUGAAAGCACUGAUGCUGAAUUAGGAAUGAUAAAGGAAUCCUAUGAAGACAUGCUGAAAGAAAAGAAUGAUCAACUAGUCCUUCAAGACACUUGGCUCAUAGCUAAAGAUGCUACUAUUGCCAAAUAUGCAAAAGAGAAGAAAAGGAUGCAAGAAGAAGAAUCUAUCCCUCUAAAAGAAGAUGCAUGGAAGAGUAUUAUUGAGAAACUAGAGAAGGCCGAGUUGAAGAAGAAGAAGACUCAAGAUGAUAUGGAUACUUCUCACUAA